CGCAUAAUAUCAAAAUCAUCAACUUGGACCUACAACUUUGGCGGCGUCUUCCUGUGCAUACACUGGCACUCAACAGCCAACUUGCAGCUGCCACUCAGCCAUGGUCUAUGAUGAGACUUAUCGCAAUACGAGCGAGAUGCGGUGGUCCAACAGCUACUUCUUUCUGGAGGUAAAAGGGUAUGUGCUACGUCCGCGAUACCAUCCAGAUUGGACUGCAUCGUGGCCUGGGACGAAUCGCAGCAAAAGCCAGUGUGAAGACUCGGUUAUUCCAAACCUUCCCCACAUUCUCGAUGCCACGCAACGAACUACUGGUCGAACAGUUUGCAUCAAGUGGAUCAGGAAAGCCUACACAGAAAACGAGAGAGCCAUCUGCGAGUACUUGCGAUCACCUCAGCUAUCACUGGAUCCUACGAACCAUUGCGUUCCAAUUAUUGAAUUCAUUCCUGAUCCAUCUGUUGACGGUGCCUGCUACCUUGUCAUGCCGCUACUCCGUCUAUUCAAUGAUCCGGAAUUUGUGGUAAUUGGAGAAGUGGUGGAGUUUAUUCAACAAAUUCUCGACGGUCUGCACUUUAUGCAUAAACAUGGCGUAGCUCACCGCGAUUGUGUCGGUCUAAACAUUAUGAUGGAUGCAACCACCAUGUAUCCAAAUGGGUGGCAUCCAAUCCGCCGUAGUCUAUCACCAGAUUUAACUGAUGCCGCGCACCAUUGCGAUCGCAUCGAUGCCAACGUCAAAUACUUUUUUAUAGACUUUGGAAUCUCAGCCCGUUUCCUCCCAGGGCAGCAACGUACUAUUGCUGAUUUACGAGGACGUGAACAACGACCUCCCGAGCUUGUGGCCGGACUCCCUCAUGAUCCUUUCAAAAUAGACAUGGCCAUCAUUGGCUAUCUACUUGAUGACAAUUUCUACAAGAUAUAUGCGGAUUUGCAUUUCCUGUCACCUUUAGUAAACGCAUUGAAGGCAGACGAUCCAGCUCGACGUCCAACAUCGGAAGAAGCACUUGUGGCAUGGAACACCAUCCGCCAUGUCAUAGAUCAAGCAAAGUAUCAUUCAAGAUUGCGCAAACAUGGGGAGACAUUAUCCGAGGCAUUGCUCAACAGCUCGCUUCAUGCCUUCAAGGGCGUCAGGCGACUUGUCGCCCCAUAAGUUGCUGACGCGUCUCGCAAAGUGUUGCAAGUCGCCUAUCCACACGCUCAUUUUAGCAGUAUGUGUACAAUAUCGAUGUGAUAGUCACGCCUUAAUGUUGAUAGCAGUAUCUGCAGACUGCGUGUUCAAGCGAUUGAUUCCUAGUCUACCAGCAUGAGAGGACAGCAGCUCCUGUCGGCAUUGUUGCUACUCGUACGUUGCAUAGCUGCGGCGGCUUCCUCAUCAGUUUCAUGGGUCAUACCAUAUCUGUGUUCCUCACGGCAAGGAGC